UCCGCACUCUGCAGGCCUGCUCCGAGUGGGGGGGAGGGAGGGAAAGUGUAGAAGUUGGCAGCGCUCUGGUUGGCAUCUAGAUUCUUGGAGACACAGGAACUCUUGACAAGCAGAGACACGGUGUGCGCGCACCAGGUCUCCUCUGCACCGCGCGCCCCCCCGCCGCUGUAAGUUUGUUUUUCAGUGAUUCUUUUGACAUCAAAGUGUGAGGAAGCCGUGAGAUGACCCUGUCUGGGGGCAGCGACCGAGCCAGCGACAUGUCCGCCCAAACUGUGCUCACGGCGGAGGACGUGGACAUCGACGUGGUGGGAGAGGGGGACGACGACGGCAUGGAGAGGGUGGACAGCGACUGCGACAGUCCUGGGGGAGGCAUCCUGCACGACCUGCGCGGGGAGACGGGGGACGACGACUUGGAGGACGAGAUCGAGGUGGAGAAGGAGGAGAUGCGCUCCGGUGGGGGGAGUCCGUGCUGCGAGAGCUCCGGGGAGGGAGAGCCGGGCGCCGGCGGGAAGGGAGAGGGUCACGAGAGCGCAGCGCCGGGAGGAGCGCUCCAGAAGCCCAAGAACAGCCUGGUCAAGCCGCCCUACUCCUACAUCGCCCUCAUCACCAUGGCGAUCCUGCAGAGCCCGCAGAAAAAACUCACCCUGAGCGGGAUCUGCGAGUUCAUCAGCAACCGGUUCCCUUAUUACCGGGAGAAGUUCCCGGCGUGGCAGAACUCCAUCAGGCACAACUUGUCUCUCAACGACUGCUUCGUGAAAAUCCCCCGGGAGCCCGGCAACCCCGGCAAGGGCAACUACUGGACCCUGGACCCGGCCUCAGAGGACAUGUUCGACAACGGCAGCUUCCUGAGGAGGAGGAAAAGGUUCAAGAGAGUCCAGCCGGAGCUGCUCCGGGACCAGACUGCGCUCAUGAUGCAAAGUUUCGGGGCGUACAGCCUCGGGGGUCCUUACGGGAGACACUACGGGAUCCACCCGGCUGCGUACUCCCAUCCAGCGGCUCUGCAGUACCCGUACAUCCCACCUGUGGGUCCCAUGUUGCCCCCAGGGGUCCCCCUGCUGCCCUCGGCGGAGCUGAACAGGAAAGCGUUCAGCGCGCAGCUCAGCCCGAGCCUCCAGCUGCAGCUCAGCAGCCUGAGCACGGCGUCCAUGAUCAAAUCGGAGCCGUCCAACAGGCCGUCCUUCAGCAUAGAGAACAUCAUCGGCGUGUCCAGCACCUCCUCGUCCUCUCCGGGCGCCGCUCAGGCCUUCCUGCGGCCUCCGGUGACGGUUCAGUCGGCGCUGCUGAGCGCGCAGUCCCUCUCUCUGAGCCGGAGCUCCGCCGCCAUCGCGCCCAUCCUCAGCGUUCCUUCAAAUCUCAUUUCUGGACACGUUUUACCGUCAGCGGCCGUGUCCAAAUGGCCCUCACAGUGACUCCUACCCAAGACUGGUGACAAAAAGAAAGAAAAAAAAACUCUUAUUUUUAUAUGAAGACGUUUUUACCGGGAGGUGUGAAGAGCACAAAUCAAAAAGCAGCACCGGACUGUAAAAAAAAAAAAAACUGUU